AUGGACGAGAGCAUAAAACAAAGAAGAAAAAAAACUUCCCUCUGUCGUCUUCAACCUCAGACACAGUCCUUCUCUGACUUUGGAAGAUUUGACAGAACACUUUACCUACCGGAUAGAAAUCGGUCAGAAACCUUCACUGAAUCUUUCAUGCCACAGGAAACCCUAAUUGUGGAAAGGGUUCGAAACUUUCGCAGAACAAAAUGGGGUUUUAAGAACCGCGGCGACUCACUUCGAGUUUCUACAAGUUCUUUGACCAGUUUUGAAAUUGAAAGCCAAGAAAGGCGAGGAUCUGGAUUUUCAACAAUGUCUUUUAAAAGUGAUGAUUGCUUCCAAGAAAGCGACAUCAAGAAACACAAUAUUAUAAUCUUUGGGAUUCCUGGAGUUGGAAAAUCAUUCCUUCUUCAACAAAUGAGAACUUCUGAGUUUCUCAGAUCAUGCCCAGAAGGACCAGAUCCCAAUAAUAUAUCUGUCCCUGUAGUUUUAGGGGGUAAAGAAUCAACUCUUAACUUUGUGGAAGCUGAUAUGCAUGUUCAGAAUCAUGGAGACAACAACCAAUACGAUGCAUUUCUGAUGGUUUACUCUGUAACUGAUAAAAGGUCAUUUAAUUUCAUCUCCAAUAAACUAAAGAAGAUCAAAAGAGAAAUAGGCGACACAAAACCUGUUUAUAUCGUUGCAAACAAAGUAGACCUAAUAAGAUUCCGGGAAGUUUCCAGUUCAGAGGGUUUGAAAUUGGCACAAGAGAACAACUGCAGUUUUGUGGAGGUUUCCGUUUCUCUACAAUGGAAUAUCGACAAAGUCCUGGUGGAUAUUACAAAGAAACUUCAAAGAGAAAAAAAGAACAGCAAUUGUCGAAAACCUUCCUGUCUCUGCAUUGAUGAGAAUGUGAUCUUUAAAACCUCAUCUUCAGAAGAAAAGUCCUUGAAAAAGAGUCAAGUUUCUAUACUUUCAAGACUGCGAAAACUAUUUAAAAGAAAACACCUUGAGUUAUGA